CAGGGGCAAUCUCAUGCCUGACAGCCGGUCCUAAAGGAGUAGAAGGCGUACACCGCGCUGCUCUUGCUACCUCCCUUAUUCAAGAUGUGCUCGUUUUCAUUCCUAAAAAACUAGACUCGAACAUCCACGCCGAGUCAUCGCCUAGUAGCUUCAACCUAAAUUCCUUGUGUGAUUGCCUGCCUCAUUCACACAGUUCCCCCGCUCUCUGGAGAGGCUAUCUAAGGCGAUAGCACUCUGUAAAGUUACUGGGCGGCACAGCCCGACUGGACUUUGCCUGAAUUUCCAUUUUUGCAAGGCGACUGGGACAGAUUUCGAGGUGCGUUCGCGAACGAAGAGGGCAGGGAGACCAGAUUGCUCAGAGAAAACCCGGGAAGCUCCGUGGCCGCCCAGGUGGCGCGGCGGUUUGGGGGCGGUGCCAGCGCGCACCAAUCACGCGCAGCCCUGCUCUAUAAAUAGGCGUCGCCCAGUGACUCGCGCGCUCCUUAUCAGUGGGUCUCCCUCCCUUUUGCUGUACUUUCUCUCAGUCGCCAUGUCCGAGACGGCGCCGGCUGCACAGCCGGCCUCAACGGCUCCCGAGAAGCCGGCGGCUGCCAAGAAAGCUAAGAAGCCUGCAAAGGCUUCGGCAGCUGCUAAAAAGAAACCUGCGGGCCCCUCUGUGUCCGAGCUCAUCCUGCAGGCGGUCUCCUCUUCUAAGGAGCGCAGCGGGGUGUCGCUGGCAGCGCUCAAGAAGGCGUUGGCGGCCGCCGGUUACGAUGUGGAGAAGAAUAACAGCCGCAUCAAGUUGGGGCUUAAGGGCCUGGUGAGCAAGGGCACCCUAGUGCAGACCAAGGGCACCGGCGCCUCUGGUUCUUUCAAACUGAAUAAGAAGGCGCCCUCCGGGGAGCCCAAGCCCAACACCGCGAAAGUUGCGACAAAGGCCAAGGCCGCGGGCGCUCCCAAGAAGCAGAAGAAAGCUCCGGCGGCCACCGCCAAGAGGGCGGUUAAGACUCCCAAGAAGGCCAAGAAGCCUGCGCUGGCGAAGAAACCUUCCAAGAGCCCGAAGAAGCCGAAAGUCGUGAGACCCAAGAAAGUAGCUAAGAGCCCCGCGAAGGCCAAGGCCGUGAAGCCUAAAGCGGCUAAGGCGAAGGCUGGCCUUGAACUCAUGUUCCUCCUGACUCAGGCUCCCAGGCUGCUGGGAUUGCAGACCUGCACCAUCCAAGGCAGCUCUUAUGGGCCUAUUUGGCGGCUGUACAGAGGUGUCGGGUAUUUUGUGCCAGCAAUGAAGAAAGUGAGACACCAGCCAACUUACUCUUCAAGAAGAAACCACAUUUCUUCCCCCCAAAAUGUUUACAUUUUAAGUCCUACUUGUCCUUCAUUUCUCCCUUUGAAAGCUUGCCUUGUGGCCCAUCUUGCUGAGCACAGAGUUUUCCUGGGAGAAGUAUAAAGGCAGCUGCAUCCUCCAGGCUGUAGAUUCAAUAUUUCCUUCAGAAUUGCUGCUAAACUGUCUACUCAAAAGAGAGAACCUACUUUAGGGAGAGAUUGCAACUGCCUGUGGAAACUUAUCUUUCAUGGUAUAGAAUCAAUUUUACCUCUUCGUGCAGCUUCAUCAUUUACUGAUUUAUUAAAUUCCUGUCCCCUGUCUGAGUUUCUGGUCAGUUUCUCUAUAUGUAGGCAGCCCUUCUCCAGCCCACAACUGUCUCAGCCUGUAUCUGUACCAACCAACCAGAGCCCUUCCAGUUGCAUGCAGGGCUCCUAGUCUUACUGCAGGGCGCAUGCAGUGAAUAUUAAUCUAAAAAAGUCGAACAAGAGAGAAGAAAAAAAUAAAACUCAAAGUGAAAGUUGCAGGUAAAGGGAGCUUGACACAAUAACCUAUAGUCCUAGACUACAAAUAAGACACGUAAGGCACUGUCGGGGUGUAGGGCUUGGAGAGAACGGAGAAUGGAGACCCAAAGAGAUACCUCUGGAAAUAGGACGAUGAAUGAGGUUUGGUGCGUUCCCAUAUUUGUCCAGCAGAGGGAGGUAUCUGGCUGAUAGUAGACUGACCCUAGAUUCCCAACAAAGCCCAAAUUGGGAGUCUUUAAUACCCACCUUGUCUACUAUUGCUAGAGAGAGGAAGAGAGACAGAGAUUAGCUUAGAGCCUCCUCGAUUCACUCCUCAGUUUUGAAAACAAAGGGGGAGGGGAGACAGAGGGAGAAUGUAGAGACUGUUUAUAUAUACUAAUUAGAAUUAUCAUGCAAAAUAUAUACAGAUCUUUUAAAAUCAAUCGUUAAAAGAAAAUAAAAAAAAAAUAUUGCCGAAAGGUAAACCAACAUAAUAGAGAGAAGAAAAAAAACUACAGAACCACCAAUUAUUUCCAAAAGAGUAGAAAAUGCAAACUAAAGCAAUGGAAUAUCAUUUCACACUGACAGUGUACAGGGAGGAAUGUGGAGAAAAAAGGGCCCAAUUUUUUUAAAAUUCUGCAUUCAUGGAUAAGAACUUUUGGAAAUAUAGUAAACCCUGAUUAACAAAAUCAAUGGAGCAGUAGGUUUAGGCUUUGGAUCAAUAACACUUAAUUUUUGCCAUGGUUUUAGUAUUUACCUGUGUUAUCUGAGUCAACACCAUAAAAGUUUUGACCUAUAGUUCAACAAACUUUCUUGCAUUGCUUGAAAUUUUUGAAAAAUUCGCAGGAAAACUAUGAACACAUCUGAUACCAUGCUGUGGCCCUUAUCUGUGCCAAUACUCCUGUCUCUCUCUCUCUUUCUCUCUCUCUCUCUCCCCACCUCUUGUUGUUGUUUUUUUGUUUGUUUGUUUGUUUGUUUUUUUCCUUUUUUUUGUGCUGGGAAUUGAAGCCAGGACCUUCUACACGAUAGGCAAAAAUUCUGCCACUCACUGACAUUCUGACCAACUGUUUGCAGGUGAAUGUAGUUAAUUUUCAUUAAAACUCAAUAAAGUGGGAACUGUUAAUCUAUGUAUUCUGCAGACAGAAAAACUAAAUGAUGGGAGCUUCUUGGAAUGGCAUGGCCAGCACUUGGGGCAGAAGGAACUAGAGGUUUCUUAUAGAGGGCCAGGCAGCAGAACAAACUCAGCAUAGAGCAUGCUAAACAGGGAGAUUUGGGCAGCUCUGCUGAAAAUAACCACACAACCUCUCCUCCCAGUGCCCAGGUGGCUGGUCACUGUGCUGACUUCUUUCAUCAUAGCAUUAAGGGAGUCCUGACUCUCAUACCUUGUUAAUACAU